AUGGAAAACUUAUGCCCUCCACCUCCUUCCCAAAUGAAGGAUUUUUCUACCCCUCCAAGAAACAGGCAUCGUCAUAAGAGAUCCUUUGCUAUUUCUGGAGAUUUUGAAUUUUUAAAACAGCCGAUUUCUGCGCCCGCCUUAGCUUCUACUUAUGACUCACCUACUUUUGAAAGUACUCCAAGAAGAGCAAGCGGUAUAAACCUGACUAUGCUUAAUGAACCUCAAAAUGAAUUGACAUUAAUAUCUUCACCGAGCCCAAGAUUUUUUGUCAGCGAAGAGUCCACAUAUACAUCGCCAAUUAAAGGAGUGCCGGACGCUAUCAUUAAUUUGGAUGAUGUGCUCAUCAAUAAGCCAAGAAUGUGUAGAUCACAUCGCAAAACUAAGUCAGUGCCAGUGAAAUUAGAUGAAUUUUAUUCGUCUCACAAGUGCAGCUCUGUACCAGAAUUAACUAUAAAUGAAGAGAUGGACGAAGACGAUACCAAUUCUCAGCUAUUGGAGCCCAUAAAACCACUGUCAACUUCUUUAUCUGUAGAUACGAACGAAGAUAAGAACCGGACAUUGGAAAAUGCCAGGAGCUAUAACUCAUUAAAAAUACAUGCGCAAAAGCAAAGAUACUACAAUUCAGCAAGAUAUUUGCCUUUAAAUAGUGAUGAAAAAUCCACAGAUCCACAAAGUUUAACGAAGCAAAGUUCUGUUACUUCUUUAUUUUCCUCUAGGUCGAUUACUCCUGUGUCUUGUAACAUUAAUAAUGCAGGUAGAAUCAACGCAAUCAAUGGUAAUUACCUGGACGAUGUUCUUUAUGAUCUUGAUACUCCUGCAACAACCUUAAUUCAGGAUAUUGAUAAUUUCCAAACGAGUACAAGCGAAAGAGUUAAAUUGUCACCUGAAUCUUCUUCGAUAAGAAAGUAUUUCCCCAAAGAUGAGAAAUCCGUCAAUAGCUUUAAUUUUCAGUCUCAAGAGUACGAUAUGAUAUCUUUCACUGAAGAUUUUGAUCAUGUGACGUCACUGUCCUCUUCUAUUCUUGACUCUGAGAAACAAACAGAUGAUGAUGGAGAGGAAAGCAUUCCCGAAGAAAUACUACGAGGAGAGCCCCUUCAUGUGUACAACGACACCAAAAGAACUGACGAAGGUUCUACUUUGCCCACUCAACAAUGGCCCCUUCCCUCUGACAGGAACGAUAAGCGCCUUUCAACUCAAUAUGAAAAGAAAACAUUCAAGAAAAAUAGAAAGUUUAAUAUUUUUGCCAAGUUAUUUUGCACUAGAAAAUAA